GUUUUGAUUGUGAAAGGUAGAGUGUUGAACCUUUUACAUUUUUUACUCUAUUCAUAAACUGUUUGUUAAAACAUCUUUAAUGACUGCUACUUCACAAUGGCGUUCUCUGGAAAAAAGCAAACUUCUCUGUGAAAAGAUGCUGAGAGAUGAAGAGCUCAAGGAGGAGGAAAAAAAGCUUGACCACCUUCUUGUCGUGAUCAAAGUGUGUACAUACCAUACAGGGGAAAGUGUGGUGUUGAUCAUGUCGUUAUUGAUGACAUCAAGCUGAGCGGUGGCAGUUGCCACACCUGAAGAGUGGGAUGUUGUCUGAAGGGACCUGGACAGACUGGAGAAGUGGGCCUGUGAGAACCUCAUGAAGUUCAACAAGGCCAAGUGCAAGAUCCUACACCUGGAUUGGGGCAAUCCCCGUUUUCAGUACACGAUGGGGUAUGAUGUGAUUGAGAGCAGCCCUGCAGAGAAGGACUUGGGGGUGCACAUUGGUGAGAAGCUUGACAUGAGCCGGCAAUGUGUGCUCACAGACCAGAAAGCCAACUGUAUCCUGGGCUGCAUCAAAAGAGCUGUGGCCAGCAGGUCAAGGGGAGUGAUUCUGCCCCUCUAUUCGUCUCUUGGGAGACCUCACCUGGAGUACUGUGUCCAGUUGUGGAAUCCUCAACAUAAGAAGGAUAUGGAGCUGUUGGAAUGGGUCCAGAGGAGGGCUACGAAAAUGAUCAGGGGACUGGAGCACCUCCCAUACAAGGACAGGCUGAGAGAGUUGGGUUUGUUCAGCCUGGAGGAGAGAAGGCUCUGAGGAGACCUUAUAGCGACCUUCCAGUACCUGAAGGGGCUUCAAGAAAGCUGGGGAGGGGCUGUUCACAAAGGCUUGUAGUGAUAGGACUAGGGGCAAUAGGUAUAAACUGGAGAGGGGCAAAUUGAGGCUAGACGCAAGGAAGAAUUUCUUCACUAUGAGAGUGAUGAGGCACUGGCACAGGUUCCCAGGGAAGUUGUGGCUGCCCCACCCCUGGGGGCGUGCAAGGCCAAGUUGGAUGGGGCCUUGGGCAGCUGAUCUAGUGGGAGGUGUCCCUGCCCAUGGCAGGGGGGGUUGGAACUUGAUGGUCUUUAAAGUCCCUUCCAACCCAAACUAUUCGGAUUCUGUGAUUGAGACAUUAAUAUAGUAAUGUUAAUAAUGGAACAGCAACCUAUUAAUGAACUUUCAGAAUAACUAAAUUGGAAAGUUCAGGAUGUUUCCAGCCAAUCCUUCCGUAGAUGCUGUGUGUAUUUCCGUUUUUCAGCGUGUGCCAAGGAGAAGGGCUUCUAGACAGAAUACUUGGUUUUACACAGUCUGAAAAAUAAGAAGAAACAAUUCUCCUUCCAUUCUCUUCUUGGGCUAAGAAAAUGUUUUCUUAUUUGGUGACUGAAAUUACUUUUCGUGUUAGCCAUUUUAGACAAGACAAAAAUGAAAUACUUGUUGUUCUGCUCGUAAAAUGUCCAAAAGUGUUACUUGAAUGAGCUGGCCUGUUGCUGUAGUACUUUUCCUUAAUAUUUUAAUUGGGUUUUGGCUUUUAAAAUUCUUCGGCUUUUAAAAUUCUUAGGCUUAUGGGAAAUUUCAGCAAAGCAAUCCAGAAUGUAUUGGUUAAACAGAAGUUGUGUCGUGUGAAACUGAUUUGAUUAGUUCAACUCACUAGUUAAAAAAUGAAAAAUUUUCAGCCUUUCACAUUACUAAUGCACAAUUUGUGGCUGAUUAUUUGCCAGCAGUGGUUUGGAGUUGAAACCUAGAUCUUAAGGAGCUUUGCUUGUUAGAUAGGAGGAAACCAGCUCAGUUUAAGACAGUAGGAAAGAAAUUUGGAUGGUGUUUCUUGGUAUAUAUUUUGGACCUUCAAAAGAUGUGUCCCAAACUUUUGUCAACUAAUGCAAUACAAAUCUUGCCAGCGUUAUUUAAGACUUUGUUGUGUGCGCUGAAGCUUAUAAGAAAUCUUUAACAUCAUGUCUAGAAUACCUCAGAAUUAUAGUGUGGGUUUUUUUCCAAAAACUGUGUGUAAUCAACUUUCUGAGAUAAUCUCUGUGUAAUGUAAUUCUGUGAUUUGCCUUGUUUUGGUGGAUUUGAAUGGUACGUUGCCUACUCCUUAUGUCUUAAGGCUGGCCUUUUCAUUAAUCUGACAAUAGCUAUUUCUAUGAGUGAAGAUGUGGCUAUCAGAUUUGGAGUUUUCUGUUUUUCUCUUGAAGCCAAAAUUGUAAAGUUGCUUGAAGGCUUGCUGGUGAUGAUAUUCAAGAGGUAUUUGGUAUCAAAGGAAUAAUUUAGCUUUACUUUGUGAAGCUGAUUUUUCUAUGUGCAUUUUUAGAGGUGAGAACAGCAUUACUGUUUUCAAUACGAAUCUGAGAUCAGUCUCUCUUAUUUGGUUCAUUGUCACAAAAGCAACAAAAUAGCACAGGGUUUGGGCUAGUGGGUGAUUUGAGCUUUACAAUUCACAAGUCAGGUAAAUACUCCCCAUGCUUAAAAAACAUCAUUUGGAUUUUGGGUUUUGCAUGUGGGAGUAGAUGUUCUUUAAAGGUCCCUUCCAACCCAAACCAUUCUGUGAUUCUGUGCAAAAUGCGUCUUUUUCAGGUAGCUGUGAAGUAAGUAUUUUGUAAUCUUUUCCAAGACUGUUUUGAAUUCUUAGAAGAUUAGAGUCCUUGUGACAUUGUGUUUUAUUGAAGUUAUUAACAAUAAAUUUAAAGUUGUGUUCAGUAGCAACCAGAGCAAGUUAAUAAUUUUUUAUUCUAGUACAUAUAGCCUGUUCUAGAUAUUACACAAUAUAUUGUGUAGCAAAUUUAGUAGAGAACAGCUACGUUUUAAAGAGCCUAUUGUGAAUACCUGGUAAGUUUUAAAAUGGAUAAUUCAGGAUUUUAAUACAGGGGCUAGGGAAGAUUUGUGUGCUAGCAUCUAAUCAUAGGAAUGGCUAAAUGGACUGAUGGUUUCAUUUUUUAAAUAGUUUUUUUGAACAAAACUUUUCUGCAUGGGCAAGCACUUUAAAAUGUCUUAUGAGGAUUUUUAAUUGAGUGGCAUUAGGAUUAAUAUAUAUGAUUAUAUGAGUAUACAUGAUCUGUAGGAUUAACUGUGUAGUGUUCAACCCACUUUUCUGAGGGGAUGGCAUUUGAGCGAGGCUUUCUGUUUGUGGCCUUUUGUGACACUUGCUGUUGUCAGUACUUAGAUUUUGCUACAAAUGUCAUUAUUUCUGUUUUUUCUGUUUUAUGCUCAGGGCUGCAGUCUCGCGUAUGAGGAAGUAGCAAAAAUACCUGGAAGCCUGUCUCAAGCCUGUACUUGCAAAAUGGAAAAAAAUAUAAUAAAUUAAUGGCAAGAGUCAAUAGAAAAUAUUUUGUGCAGGCAGUGAUUUACAGUACAGAAUUCAGAUUAAUGGGUCUGACAGUGUUUUUAGCUGCGGAGUUAUUCUUGCAUAAAAGAUCUUGUCUCUGCCUUGUAUUACUUCUGUGGUGAUGGUGAAGUCUGAAUCCUGUGGAUACCAGCCUGGUUCAGUAUUUCAUUUGCCAUGUAGGAGGGGUACUGGAAGACUCUGAGAUUUAGCAGAGCAAAAUAUGAUGUCACAGAUGUAAACAAAAGAUUAGAAGUUACUCUAAUUCCCUGACUCCUGAGUUCUUCAUGCUUAAUUUUUAAGAUUUAAUGCGGUUACUUACAUGGAACUUAAGUUUAUUUGGAAUAUUUUUCUUUUAAUUUUAUUUUGAGAAAAAGUCUUUCAAGGACGCAGUAAGAUGCUCUGUAUUGAAUGAAACCCAGCAUAAUUAUGUUUUAGUAUAUAUGGCAGUAGUGUAGGUGUUGAGUCAGAGUGUGAUUACUUGAGCAUUGCAAGUCACAGUGAUUCCAGAUGAAGUUGUGAAGUUAAGGAAAUGCUUGAUAGGUAAAUGUGGCAAUAAUCAAUCCCUGUCAAAUUAGGGAGUACUUGAUUUGUUUAAACUCUGAUUUCCUACUUUUAAGGAGAAUCACAAAGUAGUCUAGUUUGUGAACCUUUAAAAUCACUGAGUCCAACUGUAAACUUAACACCGAAGUCUGCCAGUCUGCUGGACCUGACACUUGGCCUUGUUGAAUUUCAUUCACUUGGCCUCGGCCUGUUGAUCCAGCCUGUCCAGGUGCCUCUUCCAAGCCCUUCUUCCCUCUAGCAGAUCAACACCCGCACAACUUGGUGUCAUCUGCAAACUUACUGAGGGAGCAGUCGAUUCCCUCAUCCAGGUCAUAGAUAAAGAUAUUAAACAGGACUGGCCCCAACACUGAGCCCUGGGGAAUGCCACUUGUGACCAGCCACCAACAGGAUUUAACUCCAUUCACCACAACUCUCUGGGCCUGGCUAUCCAGUCAGUUUUUUACGCAAUGAGAAGUACACUUGUCUAAGCCCUGAGCAACCAUUUUCUUCCAGGAGAAUGUUGUGGGAAACAGUAUCAAAGGCUUUACUAAUAUCUAGGUAGAUGAUAUCCCCAGGCUUUCCCUCAUAUACUAAGCAGGUUACCUAGUCAUAGGAGGAGAUCACAUUGGUUAGGCAGGAUCUGCCUUUCCUAAACCUGUACUGACUGGGCCUGAUCCCUUGCUUAUCUUGUAUGUGCUGCGUGGUGGCUCUCAAGAUGAUCUGCUCCAUAACAUUCCCCAGCCAGCACUGUAGUCAGGCCUGUAGUUUCCUGCAUCUUCCUUCUGGCCCGUCCUGUAGAUGGGCGUCGCAUUUGCUAAUCUCCAAUCAAGUGGAACCUCCCCACUUAGUCAGGACUACUGAAAUGACCACCCCGAACAAGACCCCACCUGGCGCUGAUCCAAAGCAGUUAGAGAGGACUGGUACUGUUAGAGAAAUAGGCUCACAAGCAGUUUGGUCUCUUUCGUCCUGUAAGCCAGGAUUUGGAGUGGAUCAGUUACGAGAUGAUAAUCUAGAAACUUACUGGCAGUCAGAUGGAUCUCAGCCUCAUUUGGUGAACAUCCAAUUUAGAAGAAAAACAACAGUGAAGACGCUAUGUAUUUAUGCAGACUACAAGUCUGAUGAAAGUUACACUCCGAGCAAAAUCUCUGUCAGAGUAGGGAAUAAUUUUCAUAAUCUCCAGGAAAUCCGGCAACUUGAAUUAGUGGAACCAAGCGGCUGGAUUCACGUUCCGUUAACAGAUACUCAUAAGAAGCCUAUUCGCACGUUUAUGAUUCAGAUUGCUGUUCUAGCUAAUCACCAAAAUGGAAGAGACACUCACAUGAGGCAAAUCAAAGUGUACACCCCAGUGGAAGAGAGCUCUAUUGGUAAAUUUCCUAGAUGUACAACAAUUGAUUUCAUGAUGUAUCGCUCCAUAAGAUGAAAUUUUUUAUGAGAAAUAAUAAAGACAUUUUUUGAUGGCAAUAUCAUUGCUUAAGUAUUCAAAUAUUUUAAAAGCAGGGUUUAUUUCAGUGUAGUUAUAUCUUUAUGUUUAUAUUUUGUACUAUUUUGAAAUAAAGAUAAUUUUGUGUUACAUUAUAUUGUAGUGUGCAGUUCUGCAUUACUUUUGCUUGGAGUCUUUGAAUGCUUGAGUACUAUCCGAAAGGGAAAAAAAAAAGGGGCAUUUUGAAAGAAAAUGCAUUUGUGACUGAGAAUCAAUAAUUGAUUUGAUAUAACACAGUUUUUUUUUUCAGGUGAUUUCCUCUAAUGACCGUGCAUGGGACUAGUUUGUUCUAUUAAUGGAGUGGUACUGUUCAUUCCUUUGUCUAAAAGUUGCUCUUUUGAAAGAGCAUUCUUGAACAGACAUGGUUUAAAGAUAUUACCGGUAAUAUUUUCCCUUUGUUGCUUAUGUUACUGUCGUACUCUUUUCUGUAUAGUCUUUUGGCUGCUUAAUGAGUGUCUGCGUGAAUUGAGCCUUCUUCAUAACUGCAAAGUAAAUCAUAGAGUACGUCAAGGUGGAAGGGGGACCCAUACAGAUCAUUGAGUCUAGCUCCCUGCUCCUUGCAGAACUACUUAACACUAAACCACAUGACAAAGUGUUGUCCAGAUGUUCCUUAACUCUUGACAAGGUUGGUGCUGUGACCACUUCCCUAGGGAGCCUGUUCCAUCACUAGUAACCCAAUGAAGAUGACAAUGACAUGAAGAAAAGUGAACCUUUCCAAAUUAUUCAAUAUAGUAUGUACAUUAAUAUAGAUAUCUACAUGACAUAUAGUCAGUAUGUAGUAGCAGUGCAAAACAAGAGGAGACUUAGGAAUGCUCCACCAUCAUGCAAAAUAACAGGAAUGAAUCUGAAGAUCCAAUGUGCCUUAUAAAGUACAAGAACUCAGGUGUUUAGCACAAGGUAAUCUCACACUUGUAGCAUGGAGUUUCUUUAGCAUGUGUUUUAAAGUAAUAAAACAUUUCAAGGAAAAUGUUUGCUUUAUCUGCUUGCUAUGAGUAGGAAUAUUUAACACCUCUACUAGUGCCUCAUAAUCUAAUUACUAGUUAUUUUGCCCUUUAAAGAAAAUAAGUAGAUUUUAGGGAGGCUGUUGAAGUACAAGGGUUUCCUUUUAAAUGUUCAGUACUGAUGAAACCUCCUAGUGCCAUAAAAGUUGAUGGUAAAUCCAAAUUAAUAUUGUGACACUCUAAUUGCAAGCAAGGAAAGGCUAGUAAUAGUGGAGGCUCAUCAAAGAAAGAUGCAGCAUCCCUCUGAGGAGAAAGAAGAUGAAGUACAGGAAAAUGGGAAGGUUGUCUUAGAAGGAUAAAGAUUCAGCUGUUGAAAUCCUUUAUACACUUAAUGAAGUAAGCUGUUGUCUAUUGAACAAUUUUGUCCUCUGGCUGAAUUUCACAGUCUUUAGGAGGCUAAUUAAAAUGGGCAUUUCCCGAUAAUGAACUUUGUAGAGAAAUACACUAUUAGCCCAAGUUUUCUAUAUAAAUAAAUGUGUAUUCAAUCGUUUUGUGAGGACAUUAAUAGUACUUUACCUUUCCUUGUAAAGGAUAUACCAACAGCAGAAUUCCUGUCUGUCAGCUUAGUGUGUUUUAUUAUACAGUGUCAAGGAGUUCCUAUUUACAUUCCUAUUUACUUAUUUGAAGCAAAGUUUGCAGUUUUGAAGCACCACUUUGUAUUUUUCUGUCAAAAAAUUCCAACGAAAUAAAAAAAAAAACACAAAAAAAUGGAUUUAUCCAGUUAUUUUGUUGGUAAGUUAUUGGUAGAUUUUUAGAAAAGGAGAUUUGACAUGUGGUUUCCCUAUUUUUCUGCAAGAAGGUGAGGUUGCUGUUGUUCAUCCUAGCUUUGUAUUGUUGAGCUGCUGUUCCCUGCUUAAUGAUUCUGACUCUGAACUCUGGUAAUUCUGAACUCUGGUCAGUAACACUCAAAAUGUUUGGAUGUAAAGAAACUUUGAAGUAUUUUUUUUCUUAUACAUGUCACUCUACAUUAUUUAUUACAUACUUCAAUAAUAUACGCAAUUAUUUUCUCAUUGGUUUACAAAAGACCAGUCCUUGAAAUGGACAUGAAUGCAUCCUACGUGAACCAUCACCAAGAAUGCUUGAAGUAGGAGUUCAGGGGUUGCACAAACAAUUAAAUGUGUGACCAAGUCAAGGGGACCUAUUUCAAAGCAGCACCCAGUAUCUUUAGGCUAAUGAGCUCAGAGUAAUAUUCCUCUAUUACGAACAUUAUCCAGUACACUAGGAACAGGUCUGUCAGAACAGUCUGGUUCUACUUAGUUCUGCCCUGCCUCAGUAGGCAUAAUUUUUCGAUCUUUAGAGAGCUAUUCCUGCUUUUAUUGAUUUUUCAGGGUUCCUGUGUCCAUGCAGGAUAGGUGCCAGUGUUUGUCUCCAAAAUUUGUUAUUCCUGCCAGAAAUUACUAUUGCUAUGAUUGAGUUUCUUCAGGUACUUCCAUGGCUGUUCACUAAACUGCAUCUGUGAAAUUAUUAGAUCCCUGGCCCUUUAAAAUAAAUGUAUUCUUAGUAUUUGGUGGAACCAACUGAUCUGUGGUAAGAUGAUGGGAUUGAGCAGUGAGUCGUGAUGGUGAGAGUAGGAAUAGAUUAAAAGGGAGAGUACAACUAAUAACUCCUUCAACUGCUAUUGACAAAAUAAUAUAACUAUGCCCCAAAGGCAGUGUAAAAAUACGAACUCAUUACUACAGAUUGUCUUGCUCUUUGAUGUUCAGUGUUAAUUGAAAACAAGUGCAGUGAGCAUUCUAAAUCAAUCUUAAAUCUUCUCUAUGUUGUUUUAUAACAAUUGUAGAUACAUUACAUUGGUAUUUAACAUCUGGGUCUGUAUGUUUGGUUUUUAACAUUUUUUGUGCUUAGUCACGUAAGGCUGGUGAUUUUUAA